AGUUCCUGUUUCUAAAUUUUAUGUUAAUUGUAUGCAUAUUUCAAAUAUGGUAUAAUUACCCGUUCAAAUCCAAAUGCGUGGCGUCGCCGUAAGCAGAUUUACGAAACCAAUAUGGACGGUGGUUACGACGAAAUAAUCUCCGAAAACAUAUUUUUUGUGGAGCUCAAGAACGAAUACCCAAAUUUAUUUCAACACUGCAUAACGCAUUCUUGGAUAAUAUGUGUGCCUCGAAUAGGAAGUCUGAACACGCGCGUUUUUACUGUAGAAGAUUUCUGUGCUCAUAUACUCGUGCCGAGCGAUGAGCUGCCAGAAACUCAUUACAGCACACUUACUGAGAAACAAAUAACAGUAGCAAACAAAGUCCUUACAUUAGAAGUGACUAAAGGACUUCCACUACAAAGCCAUAUUUUGUUUGAAGAAACAUUCUAUACAGAAGACUUUAUGAAAUAUAAAGUAUGGUGUAUUGAGACCCCUUUAGAACCAUCAGCUAAUGUAGGCGACAAUGCUACCACUAAAGAAUAUCUUUUGACUAUCAAUGACUGUAUAGACCUGCUAUGGACUCAAGCUGCUGGCCGUCAAGUCCUUGACCAGAUUGAGCACUGUGUACAGACAUUUUUAAAGAAGAACCAAUUACUGCCUAUAGCUAUAGGGCCACUGAAGGAUGCCGUUAGUGAGCUGUACACACAAUGUCUUCAGAUUGCAUUACAAAACCGAAGACUUCGAGAAAAAUCAAAGGCUUGCAAACAAAUUCUUGAAAAUAUAAAACUAGCUGUGGAGAGUUACAUGCAACAUUUACUCUUUGAUUUCAUAUUUAAACCAAUUUGUACUUGUUGUGCUUAUGAAGAUGCACAUCUCAACAAAAAGAUUAGAAAUAUGAGUGAAAUACAACUCAGAGACUUGGACAUCAAAAGAAACCUGUACCAUGCAGUGCCAAAGGCAAAACAAAUACUUUCAAAGAUGGAUUCUUAUGACACAGUUUUAGAAAAGCUUUUAUGUUUGAAACAAGCUUUGAAUGCUAUUGAUAAGAAAGAUAGCAGUAACAAUGUUGUUCUGCUUACUGCUGAUGACAUGUUACCAGUAUUCGUGUUUUUAGUCAUUAAAUCUGGAUUACCAAAUUGGUACAGCCAGCUCACAUACAUCAAAGAAUUCCGUUUCAGCGGUGUAGGCAAAGGCGAAGCAGAUGAAAGUGCAUUCCUUAUAACAACUUUGGAAGCUGUAAUAGAACACAUUCAAUCUGGUGCUUUAGCUGGACCUCCUGACCCUGAAGCUUAUUAUUAUGAAAGUAGUUUAACAGAACAAAAUUUACAAAAUGGUAAAGAGAGAAGGAGCAGUUUGACUGAAUCAAUAUCAACAUCUGAUACAAAUAGUAAAGAAGAAACAUUAGAAUACAUAUUUGACUUAAUCAAAGCAAAUCACUUUGAACAAGUGAACACUAUACUGUUGAGAAAUCAAAAACACAUUAAUGACAUUGAAUUGAAUGGAAACAAUCUGCUAACAGUCUUGGAAGAUGAUUCUUCAGAUGAAUAUGAUGUCGACGCGUAUGAAUCAGAAAUAUACCAAAAACUCUGUCACCCUCUAUGUAACUGCAAGAAAUGCUGCUACAAAAUCUCGAGGAAUCUCUUAAAAACUUCCCCUACAGUCACAUCAAGGGACAGUCAUGGCCUUACAGCUUUGCAUGUUGCAUGCAUCCAUGGCAAGGCCACAAUAGUGGAAACACUAAUAGAAAUAGGUUCAGAAAUCGAUCCCACUGACCUGAAUGAAUGCACGCCACUCCACUAUGCGGCAUCUAGAGGCCACCAGAAUGCUUUAUUAUUACUUUUGCACUCAGGGGCUAACAUAAAUCGGACAAAUAUUGAUAAGAAUACUCCACUCCAUUUAUCUGUCAAUAAUGGUCAUAUGAAUUGUGUUAAAGCCCUAAUUUACUUUGCUGAACAUAGUCGCAAGAAAUUGAUAAUAAACUGUACCAAUGAAAGUGGUCAUACACCACUGCAUAUGGCUUCAAAAUGGGGCUAUGAGGGUAUCGCCCGAUUAUUGAUAGAGAACGGCGCCGAACCCUCUCUACAAAAUCGAUAUAAUAAAACCGCAUUUGACUACGCACACAACUUAAGGAUAUUACAAGUUUUGAAAUCUUGUACGCCUAAUUUAUAUGAAUACAUUCACAUUACAACUAGUGAUGUAAAAGCAUUAAACUGCAAAACUGACAAUCCUGUUUCUGUCAAGUUGCAAAAGUUACACAUGAGAAAUAAUGAUGUUAACAAUGCUUCAAAAGCAGUUGAAAACUUGAAAAGAAUUGAUAGAAUUUUAAAAGCUAUAUCAUAUGGUGAUGUGAAAUUAGCGUGCUUUUAUAUGGGCAUUGAUUAUUCAGUUUACGUUGACAAGCCAAAUGGAUUUUGCCACCCGCUAUGCGAGUGUGAAUCUUGUAAAAAGAAGACAGAAUUGUUUACUUUAGAUUUUGACGUAAAUUUCUCUGAUACGAAUGGAUUUACCGCGUUACAUUACGCAUCCCGGUAUGGCUUGGACGAGUUGUGCAAUAUUUUAAUAUUGAACAGAGCUAACAUAAAUUGUUGCAAUAAGAAAGGCCAAACAGCAUUGCACUUAGCGGCUUUAAGUAAUAAGACUGUUGUUAUAAGAUUAUUACUUGACUAUGGUGCCAAUGUAAACGCGAUUGACUUGAAUGGAAAUACACCUCUACAUGAUGCUAGUGAAAUGGGAAAUAUUGGCGCCACUAAGAUAUUGCUUUCAUACAAUCCUGACAUCACUAUGUUGAAUGGGUUGGAUAAAUCUGCUCUAGAUAUAGCUAAAGAUAAGGUGCACCUUACUAUUAUUGAUUUGAUUGAAAAGCAGAUUUUAAAUUGUUAGCAGCCAGAGUUAUGUAUACUCAAAACUUCUCAUUUAACUUGUAAUGGGUGUGGUUAUAGAAAUAGUCCGAUAUAAAAAGCGACCUUGAAAUAAUGAUCUAGCCAAUUAUGGAAACUAUAAACAGGUAUUUCAUAACUUUAGUUAUAAGAUAAAAUGAAUGUCUUAUCAAUAUGAUUAUUUAAGAUAGUACUGCCAAAAUGUAUAGUCGGCCUUUUGCUUCUUUGUAAUAAAUAAAACUGCUAAUGUAACUAUGUCACAUGCUCAGAAACGAAUUUAUAAUUAAUGACUCCUUAAUUUUUGAUAAUGCGUAGUAAACAUUGCCAAUGAAACACACACAGCUCACAGGGUUCAACAAGAUCCUUUUGUAGUGUAACGUCGUUGUUCGUACGUAAUACGUCACUAUGUACGUAAAUAGGAUUAUUCACUUUUACCUCAUUGCUCAUCUCCUUAGCCAAAGUUCAGUUAUAUUUUAUUAUGGUGUAAAUUUUGUAGGAUAUAUAUUUUCCUUGUCGCCAUUCCAUUGUAUGGGUUUUAUAAUGUUCAUUACUUUCAUACAGCUUUAUUUAACCAAAAUGGAUAUCUCUCUGUGCCAUAGAAACACUGCCGUCUUUAUGUAUACUAAUUUCUAAGACUGAUUAUUUUUAUUUUUUAAGUAGGUACUAUUUAUAUCGCGGACUACUUUAUUUGUUAUCUA